GGCACGCACAGAGACUGCGCAGAUCUCUCGUCUGGGUUCUGCGGAACUCCUUUUGAGUACAAGGACCUUAGCCGGAAGGAUUAAAGAACCGUUCCAUUUCCGGAAGUAACGGGAGCGUUUCGAACAUGGCGACCUCCCAAGCGAACGGGCCAGCCCCGGCGCCUGGAAAGAGUGAAUUUCGUAACCAGAAGCAGAAGCAGGAGAACCGAGAUGAAUCAGAACUCCUCACUGUUCCUGAUGGUUGGAAGGAACCAGCUUUUUCCAAAGAGGACAAUCCCAGAGGACUCCUGGAGGAAAGCAGUUUUGCAACUUUGUUCCCAAAAUAUAGAGAAGCUUACUUGAAAGAGUGCUGGCCGUUGGUUCAAAAAGCCUUGAAUGAACAUCAUGUUAAUGCAACCCUGGACCUGAUCGAGGGCAGCAUGACUGUUUGUACAACAAAGAAGACUUUUGAUCCAUACAUCAUCAUUAGGGCCAGAGACCUAAUAAAACUACUAGCAAGGAGUGUUUCAUUUGAACAGGUAAACUUACAGUUACAGAGAUUCUGCUUUAUUU